UAUGCGAAAUAUUUAGAUGUUUAUAUCAGAACCGGAUCCGAUUACCAAAGGGAAGAGUACUUUCCCUUAGACAGUAAAAUAUAAAUUUAUGUGUGAGAAUUAUUUACUUACUCUGUGUACCUUAUUUACAAUGUCAUCAAAAGAAAAUAAAGAACAUAUGAAAAGAAAAGAUAUUGGCGCUUUGGAAUCAGUUCAAGUGUUUGUAGACACAAAUAUUAAAAAGAUUCAGAAUGGUCUAUACAUUGUUGGAGGCAUAGGGGCUAUUAUAACUGCUCGCAGUAUAUAUAUGACAAAAGUAUUCACGAAAGUUGAAGACAUUCCUGCCCAGUUCAUACGUAAGCAAGUAAAGUUACGUGGUAAAGUUAAGGAAGUAAAUGACGAAGGAAUAUUAAGCAUCGAACAUAUACCAAUAUGGCGGCUGAGGGUGCCAUUCAUUAGACAAAACCAAACCAAUGAAUGUUUGCCUGUUCAUUUAGCUUGUAUAGAUCUAAGCCCAGAAGGUAGACUGUGGUUAUCUGAAAAUACCCUACACAAAGUAGUCUGGUUCCAUCUUCUGCAUAGGACUGGUUCCCAUAAUGACAUGGGCUCACACCUGUAUAGCAAAAUUGAAAUACCACAGAGAUUUAGGAGAAACAUCCAAGUUAAUGAAGAGCUCAUCAGACAAGGACUGAGCAAGAUCUCCUCAUUGUCUUGUUUGGAAGAUGGCAAAAUGCCAACCAAUAAGAACUUGUUACUAUAUUUAGACAGACUGGUUCAGUUGGAAAAUCAUGCCUCUAAGAAAGGUGUAGGAAUGUGGACACAACAAGAGGAGAGUUCAUGGACGAGAAAAGGACUGAAAACUGUGGGAUACAUUCUUACUAGUCCUGUAAAUGUUCUAAAAUGGAUUUAUAAGAAAUGGAAACGGAAGUAGAUGAAAACUUUUUCUUCAGAAGUUUCAUAUUAGAUAACCAAAGAAUUUAUGAAUAAACUUUUUAAUUUAGGUUAAUAUAUAUAAUAUACCUGCUGAUACAAAGUCAAACUAUAUGAAAGUGUUAUUUCUCA